UAUGACCUCAUUGACGGAUCAUACAAUGAAUACACUUGAAUAUAAAGGAAAAAUAGCCAACUAUAGUCCAGCUGAUCAAAUAUAUUGUGAUGACGAUUCGACCAAGGCUGUCAAAAAAAAAACAAAGAGACGGGUCCUCCUAAAGAAAACUAUAUUACCUCCAUGUCAAAUAUGCGGCAGUGUUGCUACGGGAUUUCACUAUGGAGCGAAUACUUGCGAAGCUUGUAAGAUCUUCUUCAGAAGGAGUACUCUUCAAUAUUUUAAAUAUCAAAAAUGUAUUGAUGAAGGAAUGUCAAGAACUAGAAUCAAAAUAGGAAGAUAUUCUAGAGAGAUGCAUUCAAAGAAUAAAAUGGAAUUGGAGAAAUUAUCGCAGUUAUCUUCACAACGAUUGAUUUAUCUUCCUAAAUUCUCUGAUGUUGAUGAUUCUUUAACGAAGUUUGGUAAUUUUAUAGAAUCCAUUUCUCAGGUUAAAUGGUCAAAAGAAAUAGAAAAUUUUGAUGAAGUAAUACUACAAGUUAAUGAAAUUAUCGAAACAGGCUUUUUUCCAAAAGACGAAUAUCAUUCAAUUCUGUGCGUUUUGGGUAUUGAAAUAGAUGAUAGGAGGAUAAUGUGUGAUUUAUUUAGCAAAGUCAAAGAAAUUAAAUUACGUCAAUGGUUACCUUUCUUAAAAUCAUUACCAGGUCUAUCAGGAAUGGAUGAUAGAGCAUUCGCAAAAUUAAUUUGUUCCAAUUGCGCCAAGAUUCGAACGAUACUCUCAAUUUCUAAAGUAGUCCAAUGGGAAGACAAUGGACUUGCGAUCUAUUUAAAUGAUAAAAAGCUCAUGAUAACUAUGGAAUCUGUACAUUCAACAGUUGGUAAAGAUCUAUAUGAAUAUGGUCACAAUUUACAAAACUAUAAAAAAAAUAUGGGUAUAUCAGAUUUAGAGUUGAUAAUAGUUUCUUUAUUAAAAAUGUUUGAACCAAGAAAGGAUAUUCCACAACUUUCAUUAGCCUAUAAUAGGUUAAUUUCAUCAUUUACGAGAUAUCUUGAAACAACUUACGGAGAAUCUUAUCAUCUGCAUUUGGGCAAAUUAGUGAAUUAUUUUGCAGAAUAUGAAGAAAAAUUACUAUUAAUAUCAAAAUUUAUGGAACAGAAUAAGGAGUAUUUAAGAGCUCUUGUGUCUAACGAAUCUAAACCGAAAUUGAAAAGAAAAGUAAAUUACAAGAAGACAAUACUGCCUCCAUGUCAAGUUUGCGGUGAUCUUGCUACAGGACUUCAUUACGGGACUAAUACUUGUGAAGCCUGUAAAAUAUUUUUUAGAAGAAGUGUGACAAAAUAUCUAUCUUACAAAUGCCAAACGGGAAGAAAUUUCUGCAUCGCAGAUGAUAAUCAUACCUUUCAUUGUAAAAAGUGUAGAUACCAAAAAUGUAUUGACGAAGGUAUGAGUAAAACAAGAAUAAAGAUUGGAAGAUAUUCAAAGGAAAUGCACAAAAAGAAUGAAUUGGUAUUAAGGAAUACACCGAAUAGCAUAUAUGCUCUUCCGCAAUUUACUUAUGCAGAUGAGGUUUUAAUAUACUGUUUAGAUUUUGCAAAUCGGUUUUCAUCAAUUAAAUGGUCAGAAGAAAUGGAAGAUUUUUCACUGAAUGUUAAAAAGGCACGGAAUGCUGUGGAAGAUGGAUUUUUUGGAACAGAAGAUUAUCAUAAUGUUUUUGUUAUUACUGGUCAAGAAAUUGAUGGAAGGAAAGAUAUAAUGAUCCUUGCUAGUGAAAUUCAACAAACUUUUUUCCGUUUAUUUAUGCCUUUUGUUAAACGAAUACCAGGUUUUCGGGAAUUAGACAACCGACUAGUUGUAAAGCUAAUAUUAGAUAAUUUAGACUUAAUACGACCGUUGUUUAUAAUGACAAGUGUUUACAAUUGGAGAGUUGGUGAGCUUCAUAUGGAUCUGAACGAUGAAAGAAUAAUACUUAAAAGAGAUCAAAUAAAACAAGUUGUAGGCUAUGAUGUAAUGAGUGAUUCUUCCCUGGCUAAUACGUAUAGAAAGGCCGCUUGCUUCACCAAGGAAGAACAAUUACUACUGUUUUUAGUAAAUCUUCUCCAGGCAAAUACUGAAUUUAAACAUUUUACUUCAGCCUGUAAUCAAAUGACUUUAGUAUUAACUCGUUAUCUCAAACAGAAGUAUAAUGAUUCUUAUCAUAUUCGUUUAGGUCAAUUAGUCAAUUUUUUAGCUGUCAUUCGAGAAGAAGCAUACAAAAGAGGAUGCAAUAAACAUCAAAAUCUACUCUAUUUAACGGAGAUAUACAAAUCACCAAAAUUAGAACUACUACUUGGUAGACCAACAAGCACAGAAAAUUAUUAUCAUACAUUUUUGAAUAUGCUUGACAAUUCAUAUUAA